UAUAAAUGUUCUGCCAAAGUAAACUCUUCCCAUUCAUUCAGUCAUUCACUCACCCCUCAUUGCUUCAACCAACUAAAAAAAUCGUGGAAAAAAAUCUUUUUUUUGUUCGAUUGAAGCUCACCAACAGAGAAAUUUGACAACCAUGGUGAAGAAGCGGAGAAUUGUGAUAAUUGGCGCGGGAAUGGCCGGUCUCACGGCGGCGAACAAGCUCUACACGCGCUCCAACGACAUGUUCGAGCUCUCCGUCGUGGAGGGUGGCUCCAGAAUCGGCGGGAGGAUCAACACCUCGGAGUUCUCCGGCGAAAGGAUCGAGAUGGGUGCCACAUGGAUCCACGGGAUUGGCGGGAGCCCUGUCUACAGAAUCGCCCAUGAGACCGGGUCUCUGGUCUCCGACGAGCCAUGGGAGUGUAUGGAUUCCGCCAUUGAUAAACCCAGAACCUUCGCAGAAGGUGGGUUCGAGCUCGAUCCCUCUAUUCUUGAACCCAUCUCGGGUCUGUUCAAUGUUUUGAUGGGUUUAGCUCAGGGGAAGGAGACGGUUGAAGACGGUGGCGAUUUGGGAUGCGGAGCUGAAAUUUACGAUAUUGCCACUAGGGUUUGUUCUUCCCGGAAUGGAUUUAGUGGGAGGAGUGUUGGGUCUUUCUUGAAAUCAGGGUUCGAUGCGUACUGGGAGUCCGUGAAAAGCAGAGAAGAGGUCAAGGGGUUUGGGAAUUGGAGCAGAAAAUCUCUCCUGGAAGCCAUUUUCGCCAUGCUUAGCAACACUCAGAGGACUUACACCUCUGCUGAUGAUCUCUCAACCCUCGAUUUAGCUGCGGAAAGCGAAUAUCAGAUGUUUCCUGGUGAAGAAAUCACCAUAGCCAAAGGCUAUCUCAGCGUGAUCAAUCAUCUGGCCUCUGUUCUUCCUCAGGAUCUGAUCCAACUGAACCGAAAAGUCACCAAGAUCGAGUGGCUGACACACGAGGAGGUCUCUGACGAUCCAAACGCCAUAUCGGAGAACGGGUUUGAUCAUCAUCGACCCGUGAAACUGCAUUUCUCUGAUGGGUCUGUCGUUUUCGCCGAUCACGUUAUAGUCACUGUGUCUUUGGGCGUGCUGAAAGCUGGUGUUUCGUCUGAACCAGGGAUGUUCAGUCCUCCCCUGCCCAAUUUCAAGGUCGAUGCCAUCAAAAGGCUCGGCUUUGGAGUCGUCAACAAGCUGUUCGUCGAAAUGACUCAGAGAAACUUCCCUUCUCUGCAACUGGUGUUCGACCGUGCAGAUUCAGAGCUCAGGCUCAAGAAAAUCCCAUGGUGGAUGAGAAGAACCGCCACCAUAUCCCCAAUCCACAGCAACUCCCGGGUUUUGCUCUCGUGGUUUGCAGGCAAGGAAGCAUUCGAGCUCGAGAAGCUAACUGACGACGAAAUCAUAGACGGUGUUUCCACUACGGUCACUUGCUUGACGGGCAAGGAAGUGAUGAAGAAGAUGAAGAACACGGAGAAAAAGCCUGUUCCUUUGUGCAAUGGCCAUGCUGAUGAGAAUUCCGCAACAGAUGGAGUGAAGUUCACGAGGGUCUUGAAGAGCAAAUGGGGGAGUGAUCCUCUGUUUCUAGGUUCAUACUCGUAUGUAGCGGUCGGAUCAAGUGGGGAUGAUCUUGACGCCAUGGCCGAGCCACUGCCAAAGCUCGGCGGAGGUAAUUCUGGUUCGUAUCAAACUAGGGUUAACGAGCUUCAGAUUCUGUUUGCAGGGGAGGCAACCCACAGAACCCAUUACUCCACAACUCAUGGUGCUUACUUCAGUGGUCUCAGGGAAGCCAAUAGGCUUCUUCAUCACUACAAAUGUGUUGGUUGCUGAUUAGGGCUUUUGUUUGAUGAUGACGAUGAUGAUGAUGUAUUGUCAUAUAGUGUUAGAACCUUAGUUUAUAACUUUUUUUUUUGGGUUUUGGGUUUUUUUUUUCUCUCGUCUGCUUUCUAAAUUACAACCAUUAUAUUAAAAUCUAAAAUCAUAUUUCUUUUGAGCUAUGAUUUGUGAGAAUGAUUGAUCCAGAGAGAGGGGACAAACGAUGGAAAGAAAGAGGGAGAGAUAUGGACGGAUCAUCCUUUAGCAUCUUUAUGUUUUUUUUUUGCUUGUGGAAUUAUCUUUUACACUUUUA